GUUAUCUUUCAUGGUGUCGCAAUGGUUACCUGGCAACAGUUGUUGGUGUAGCCAUGAUAACAGGAGGAUCAACUGCAUUGUCACUGGAUGCUGGUUUAUGUAAGCCAUUUUUUUAUUUUAUGGGCUUAGUUUAUAAAAUUUCUGAAUUUAGCAAUUAUACAUCUUUCAAGGUUUUAUUUUAUAAAUGCACAAGGUGGGUCCAUUAAUUAUGUCAACAAAUUUUAUGCAAUUUUUUACCCCCUCUCUUCCCCUUGUCAACAAGUGUCAAAAUUUUGAGGACAACCUCCCCCCCCCCCACCCCCCCCUCUAAUUAAUUAUGUCAGCAAUUGUCCCCACACCCUUUUUCCAAAAAAUAAAAAAUGUUCUUUUUUAAUUCUCAAAAGGAGGGAAACAACAAAUUUAUUGCUUGUUUUAAAAACUUCAAAGACAAAUUUUUACAUUUAUAACAUCUAGAAUCUAUGAAAAGAGUCAGUUUUAUAUUGCAAAAUUUAUUAAAGACUUGUUAAAGUCUAAGUAUUAUUGUUAGUAAAUUUAUCGCUUGUUUAUUUUUCAUCUUCACGUUGAAACGCCAAAUGUUCCUCUUUUCAAUAGUGCAUAGCAGCUGAUUAAUUUAUCAUUUCCAUAUUAAUAUUAUGAAACCGGGCCAUCAUCCUUGUCUAGUCAAAUGAGUCAGCUAUUAAAAUGUCAGCAUUUUCCCUUUGUUCAAUAAUGGCCAUCACCUUUCUCUGUCUUUUGGGAGUCACUUGAAUUGGCCACCAUCCUUUUUAAAAUUAUUUAUUAAAAAGUAUAUAAAUAGACGAGCAUGUGCUAAGCUGACCAUUUGAAACUCUACAAAUUUUUAUAGCCAAUAAAUAAAAACAAAAAAUAUAUUCCAACAAGCUAUGGAGACCUAUUAAUUAUUUAUUUAAAUCAAAGAAAGAUAAAAUUGUUAAUGUCAUUAAGUUGUCAAUUUCUGGUGACUCCCCCCUUCCCCUCGUCAACAUAUGUUCUAAAAUGUUUUGACCCCCCCCCCCCUCUCUCAAUUUUGUUGACAUAGUUAAUUGACAGCCCCAUUUAUUAAUUGUCAAUGAUGGGGUCUAUCUCAUAUUUGAAGAUCUACAUGUGGCCCUAAUCAAAAAAAAAUAAAAUUGUUAAUGUCAUUAAGUUGUCAAUUUCUGGUGCCCCCCCCCUUCCCCCCGUCAACAUAUUUUCUAAAAUGUUUUGACCCCCCCCCCCCUCUCUCAAUUUUGUUGACAUAGUUAAUUGACAGCCCCAUUUAUUAAUUGUCAAUGAUGGGGUCUAUCUCAUAUUUGAAGAUCUACAUGUGGCCCAAUGAAUAAAUCUGAUAAAAAAAUUAUGGGUUGUUGGAGAUCAUAGCAUUUAAAUACUUAGUCAUUAAAAAAAUAUUAUCAAUAACCUUGAUAUAAUUUACGGUUAAAAAAGAGGACUAAAAAGUAAAUUGAAAUUAUCUUAAACAGCUGCUCUCUUCAUCGCCACACUGAACAUCUCCUGGGGAGCCCUGAGUCACAUCAUCAAUCUGAUCCGACUGCGGCAGGUUUCGGGAAUGUCAAGGUCAAUUCUCUUGGUAAACAUCCUGGGUACAGCGCUGCACUGUUUCAUCUGGGCUUGUGUGUUAAUUUUAUACCUUGGAUUUCUAGACGAAGGGGACCCGCACAUGCUUCCACCCAAAAAUAUGAAGACUAACAACAGGGACACACAACAAAAGUAGAACCAUUAUUUACUAUAUAUUUAUUUAACUCUUCAAUACAGGUACUACUUUAUAUCGUGUGUUUUUUUAGGAAUAUUUUACUGACAUAGAACAAUUUGAUUAGAACUUUUGUGUAAAUAGUCAUACAAAUUCUACUUUUAUGUUUUGUAUGAGUAAAAAAAAAAUGCAUUAAACUUUGUUUUCCUACUCCAGAAAUGUCACAUCCUUCCAUUCAGACAGCAGGAUUUC